AAGGCUCGUUACAAAUGCUCAGAAUGUGACAAGACUUUUUCUAGACCCUUCAAUCUGCGAUCUCACCGUGCUACACAUCUUGGUGUCAAGCCCUUUCUUUGCACCCAAACUAAUGAGAAGGGUGACACCUGUAGCUGGGCCUUUGCUCGCCGUCAUGAUCUGGAGCGCCACGUGCGCAGCCGCCACUCACAAGGCAAUUUAUUCCAAUGCAAGACCUGUGGACAAAAAUGUACCAGAAGCGAUGCUCUCAAGCGACAU